GUAAACAUGGACGAGUGAGCUCGGCGCCACUCGACCUUGGUGUUGCUCAUCGAGAAAGGUUGAGCCUUUAAUUUCGACUCCGCAGUCUCACGCAGUCUCUUUUUCUUCUCCCUUCGCGCUCUCUCUCACACUGACAGUAACGAAAUGGCAGCGUUAGCUAAUACGGCGUCGUUAAGCUUCUCAAUUGCUUCUGGCAAAAGAACCUCUUUUCUUCCUCUAUGUCCUCCAAGAAACCCAACGAAGUUCAUAGUCCCUGCUUUGCCUACUCCCUAUGUUGGUUCUUCAAUAGCUGGAUUAUCCAGUAAGACUUGUGGGUCACCUCUAAACCUUGAUGAGAAGGAUCUUCAUCAUGCCAGUACAAGCUAUGGUGCCAUAGAAGCCAAAAAAGGAAAUCCACCUGUAAUGCCAGCAGUGUUGACACCGGGUGGACCUUUGGACCUCUCAACUGUAUUAUUCAGGAACCGUAUAAUCUUCAUUGGCCAGCCAGUCAACUCACAGGUGGCUCAACGAGUCAUAACCCAGCUUGUGACUCUAGCAACUAUUGAUGAGAAUGCAGAUAUUCUGGUGUAUUUGAAUUGCCCCGGUGGUAGUACGUACUCUGUGUUGGCAAUUUAUGAUUGCAUGUCUUGGAUAAAGCCUAAGGUUGGCACAAUAUGUUUUGGAGUAGCUGCAAGCCAAGGAGCACUUCUUCUUGCUGGUGGAGAAAAGGGAAUGCGCUAUGCAAUGCCAAAUGCACGUAUUAUGAUACACCAACCACAGAGUGGAUGUGGGGGUCAUGUGGAAGAUGUGAGGCGCCAAGUGAAUGAAGCAAUUCAAUCUCGCCAUAAAAUUGACCAAAUGUAUGCUGCUUUUACUGGACAACCUUUAGAGAGAGUGCAACAGUUCACUGAGAGGGAUCGCUUCUUAUCCGUUUCUGAGGCUAUGGAGUUUGGUCUUAUUGACGGUGUAUUGGAAACAGAGUACUAACUUCAUAUUUUUUUCCCGACCGUAUUGUAUCUUCAAAUACACAAAACCUUUGUUUGUUUGUCAUAUUUAUAACCUAGAGUUGUCUUACAUUUGUAAUUUCAAUAUAUAAAUCUUGCAGUUGAUUGUCAAGUGACGCUUAUUUGUUUAAAAAAAAAAAAUUACAUAAAGUUUUGAUUUUGUA